AUGGCAUCCAGUUCUAGGGCAUUGUCAGAAGAUGCGUUAAGAAAUAUUUUAGAGUCUGAAGACCUUUGGGAAAGUAUAGAAGACUCAAACCAAAUGGGCUCGAGCAAGAAAAGUGUAUCCGUUGGUGUUCCAAACAGAGAAGCUGUGUUAGAGGAACUAGAAAGAUUGUCUGAAGAGAGUGACGAGAAUGAAGAGGACAGUGAAAUACUGAGCGACCACAAUUCUGAAACAGAGCAAGAAGACUCCGAUUCGGACGAAAAAGAGUUGCCCAUCAGGAAGAGUUGGUAUGGGAAAGACAAUACCAAAUGGUCAAAAACAGCAGGUAUUAGAGGUAGGACCCCUGCUCAUAAUUUGGUUACUAUCUUGCCUGGCCUUAUUGGCCCUGCUCGUAAUAAUCCUCCACGUGAGCCUGUAUAUGCUUGGAGUCUACUAAUUCCUAAUGAGAUGAUACAAAAGUUAGUUGAUUUUACCAAUUUGAAGAUAACCUCCACCAGAGAAAACUGUAAAAAGUCUAAAAGGUUUGCUCAGUCACAAACUAAAUUUUGGCCUUCGUUUACUGAAAAUACUAACAUAUGUGAAAUCAAGACGUUUUUUGGGUUGUUGAAUCUUCAGUCCAUCUUUAAAUCUAAUCAUGAAGACGUCCGUUCUAUCUGGGCAACAGAUGGGACAGGAAGACCUAUUUUUCGUGCUACUAUGAGUCUGGCCAGAUUCUCGUUUUUAUUGAGCUGUCUCAGAUUUGACAAUGUAGAAACCCGAAAAGAAAGAGUAAAAACUGAUAAGUUGACCGCUGUGUCGGAAUUAUUUGACGAGUUUGUAGCUAGAUCAAAGUCAUGUUAUUCACCAGGAAUUUACCUAACUGUAGACGAAAUGUUUGUACCGUUUCGAGGAAAGUGUGGAUUUCGGAUGAAUAUUCCGAACAAACCUGCCAAAUAUGGAAUUAAAGUGCAUGUUUUGGCUGACGCUAAAACGCAUUAUCUCGUAGAUGCAAAGAUUUAUGCCGGUUCCGAAAUAAAAGUUGAUGGUGCAAAAAAGCCUACAUUAUCAAAUCCAACAAGAGUGGUUCUUAGGCUUGUGGAGUGUGUUAAAGGCACCAACAGGAACAUCACCGGGGACAACUGGUACAGUUCAGUGGAACUCGUCGACGAACUCAAGAAAAACAGUUUAACGUACGUGGGAAUCUUACGAAAAAAUAAAAAAUCUGUACCACCUGAAUUUUUACCAAACCGAUUUCAUUCAUCAACGUUUGAAUUUACUUCCUCAACCACUAUAGUAAGCUAUAUGCCAAAAAAAAGUAAAACCGUUAUAUUACUUUCUAGCAUGCAUCAUGACAAUUCUGUCAACGAAACAACCAAAAAGCGGAGCUAA